GGAAUGGGGUGAGGAGAGGGGGAGGGAAGGGAGAAAGGAAAGGGAACAAGGAGGUAAACAAAGGGUGGACAAAAGGAGACUUGUUGUUUGAUGUGAUCCUUUGAUCCUGACGUGUCUUUAUGAACUAUCAUUUCGUUGCUCUGUACCUGCGACAAUAAAGACAACGUCCUCUACAUGACAAUACAGUUCAAUUCUAGUCCAUUCUAUCACCACCUCUGUGACGUCAGAGCGAGUUUACGAGAACAACAACACCCCUUUGUCAAUGGGUGGCGCUAACCACUCCAGUACCCACAAUAAACAACUGAAGAACAAGCAGGAAGUCGGUAAAUUAUUUCCGGGUCAAGGUGGUAGCAGCGGCACCAGUGGCCGUUGUUCGCAACGUCAUGGCGGCCGUCCACAGCUUACGAGUGUCAGUGAAGUCAGACAGCGGCUCCGAGCGCUCAAACUCGGCCUCCGACUCCGAGUCGGACCGAGACGCCCGUGAGGCGGAGCCCAUGGAGGUGGAGGAGGGGGAGCUGGAGGCCGACGACGUCCCCGUCAACCGCUCCCUGAAGGAGUUACUGCCGGACACCAGUCGCAGGUACGAGAACAAAGCUGGAGCCUUCAUCACCGGCAUAGACGUCAACUCCAAGGAGGCGAUUGAGAAAAAAGAGAAGCGGGCAAGACGGUUCCAUUUCAGCGCGGAGGAGAACGUCUCUCAGAGGAACUUCUUCCUGGACAAAGACAUGUUGAAGAAAGCCAUUCCUAGACUGCGUCUGGAGGCCAUUCACGUGACAGGCGUCGAUGACAUGAGCACACAGGACGUGUUUGGCUAUUUUAAGAGUUAUCCUCCUGCUCACAUCGAGUGGAUCGACGACACGUCCUGUAACGUGGUGUGGUUGGAUGAUGACACGUGUAUCCGGGCGCUCGUCAACACCAGCUGGAUGCCUGACACGAAGAGCGCUACUCCUGAGAAGGAGGCGGAGAAGCAGCUCGAAGGUCACGGGGUCAACAUCGACGACAGCAAACGAGACGACCGGUUCAGACAGGAAACAACUGACGGGACUGUUCUUCUCACAGGACCGAGACGUCAGAGCUCUGACGAUGAAGACGACGAAGAGGAGGAGGGAGCGGUGGAUGAAGAUGAGGAAGAGUCCGUCAAGAAGAGCAGUGACGAGAGAGAGGAAGGAGACGGAGGGGCGGAGCCAAAGACCAAAGAGGACAGGGGUCGGCUGGACGACCUGUCUGCUGCAGAGAGAGAGUCCCUGCUGAGGAAUGACCUGCGGCCGGUCAUCAAACCGUUCAAAGGAAACAAACUCAUGCUGAGAUUCGCCACACAUGAUGAUAAGAAGGAACUUGGUGCUGCUCGUCGCAGCAGAUACUACAUGAAGUAUGGAAACCCAAACUACGGCGGCAUGAAGGGGAUUCUCAGUAACUCCUGGAAGCGUCGUUAUCACAACCGGCGGAUCCAGAGAGACGUCAUCAAGAGUAAGAAGCCUCUGAUUGGUGACAAUAUGGGCCACACGCCACCGUACACACACCGACACUCAGCCGACCUGGUCAACCUCCCCGAGGAGCCAAUCAAAGAGGAGGAAGAGGAGGACGAGGAGGACAGAGACGAGGACAUGGACUCUGACGACAGGGUGGUGGAGUACAAGGAGCGAGCAGAGAGGGGUGGCGCCCUGCGGGCAGUAGGUGCCGGACUCCGUAGUCGAGCGGAGCGCUCUCCGUCUCCGUGGUCGGAGUCGGAUGAGAUGGACUACGACCUGGAGCUGAAGAUGAUCUCUACGCCAUCGCCCAAGAAGAGCAAGAAGAUGACGAUGUACGCUGACGAGCUGGACACACAGCUGAAGAGCAUCAGGAACCGUCUCGGUUCUUCUGGGUCACAGGGCAGAACCAAACCGCCGUCACCCACCAAAGUAAAAGACGUCCGUCUGCUGCUGGAGGAGAAGAGGCACGGACAGAGACAGCGCUCCCCGUUGGCCAACAGUGGUAAAGCAGACGUUCGGCAGCGACUCGGAAAGAGACGUCACUCCCCCGACAGAACUCGCUCGCCCUCACCCUCGCCCUCACCCUCUCCUCCCAAAGACGCAGCCCCAGUCAGAGAGCCAGUCAGAGACAUUCACCGCAGACUGGGCGUGUCCAGUCAGGACAGCCGAAGAAUUUUCUCCAGUUCCUCCAAAGACAGGAAGACAAGCGACCUGUGGAGCAGACUGGGAUCUACGGACGAGGACAGCAGCAGAACAGGACGUCACGGCCGCACAGCAAACAGUGGCACGUCUGGUUUCUUCUCCGCUUCAGGAGGAGGAGGAGGUGAAAACACCAGGAAGAGAGCAGACCGAGGGGAGGUGCAGGAGGGAGUGGUGGAGAACGAUGGAGAGGAUGACACGACCCUACAGAAGAUGUGGGGCGCCAUGAUCAAACAGAAGCAGGAAAAAGUGUCGCACCAGAUGAAGAAGAGUCGACUGGACAAUCUGCCCUCGCUGCAGAUCGAGAUCAGCCGCGACAGCAGCGAAGACUCGGACGCCUGAGGAGGAGGAAGAGGAGGAAGAAGACGGGCGAAGACGUCACACCUGACAUAUGAGGCUCUGAGUCCGGACAAGUUUUUUUUUGUUUUUUUUCUAUCGCUGUCUCUGCCGUACGUGAACCGACUGGGAUGGUUUUUUUGUCCUCCGCCCUGAUCUGGAAUCUUUGACACAGAUCGUUUGCAUCUGGACUCAGAUUGUUCUGUCAGAAUGAUGCCGUCACCAGCACCAGUUCUUCAUCUAUCAGCACUGAAGUCCUGAAGUUAAAAGUAAAAAAAAAAGGAGGGAAUAGAUUCUCUCCACGACAGAUUUGAUCAUUUUACAGCCGUCUUUGUUUCCAGUCACAGUUUCAUGAACAUCUGUGUCUUUGAAGCAGCAGCAGCAUCAGCAUCAUGAUGUGUCGAUCUUCUGAGUUCAUCUCUUCAGUUUUUAAUCAGGGCUUCAGUUGAGAUCAGUGUGAAAGAUGCAGAUAAAUAUCAUACUUUAUUUUAAUCUUUGAGUUAUCGUGUCUGUAAACAGAAGGUGUGGUGAGUGA